AUGAAGAUUGUGGGAAUUACAAUUGCAGAACUAGUUUCAGGCCUAGGAGGACUGCUUUUCAUAUGGAGCGCGAUUACGCAAUUCUUACCGGAAACUUUCCGACACCAAAUCAAGAUUUGGUGCUCAGGGAUCCGGCGUUACUUCCUCCCCCGAAUACACAUCACAUUCCACGAGUACAACAACGAUGGCCGGAUCAACGAAGCCUACACUUGCAUCAAGAACUAUCUUGGUGCUGAAUCCAUCAAGAGGGCAGAGUACCUGAAAGCAGACAAAUCCCUGAACAGCAAAUCCUUGGAAUUCGCUUUAGACGAAGGCGACGAGAUUGUGGAUGAAUUCGAAAACGUCGAGGUUACAUGGGUUUCUUACAAGGAAACCAUCAAUGACAGAGGCGGUGGUCGGAAUUGUAUGCCGAUUGAGAAGAGGUACUUUUUCCUGAAAGCCCAUUCCAGGUACCGGGAUUUCGUGAUCGGCGAUUACUUGAACCAUGUCAUGAAAAAGGGGAAAGAAAUUCAGUUCAAGAACAGGAAUAGAAGGCUUUACACAAACAACAAAGAAGAAGAUAGUUUCUGGAGAGGAAGGUGGAGUUACAUUAAUUUCCAGCAUCCAGCUACCUUUGAUACUCUUGGGAUGGAUCCCCUGAAGAAGAAAGAAAUCAUUGAAGAUCUCGAUUCGUUUAAGAAUGGGAAGGAUUAUUACAAGAAGAUUGGGAAGGCUUGGAAGAGAGGUUAUCUUCUUUAUGGUCCUCCUGGAAGUGGGAAAUCAACCAUGAUUGCAGCCAUGGCUAAUUUCCUUGAUUACGAUAUUUAUGACAUUGAACUUACCUCUGUUAUGGAGAAUGCAGAGUUGAAACAGCUGUUGAUUGAAACAAGUAACAAAGCGAUCAUGGUCAUCGAAGACAUAGAUUGCUCGCUUGAUCUUACCCGGGCUCGGAAGAAGAAGAAGAAAGACAAGGAAUCAGAAGAAAAGGAUGAUGACAACAAGGAAGCAGAGGAUGAUGAAAACAAGAGUAAAGUGACAUUAUCUGGAUUGUUGAAUUUCAUUGAUGGGAUAUGGUCAGCUUGUGGGGAAGAAAGGGUCAUCGUAUUCACUACUAAUCACGUCGAAAAACUGGAUCCGGCGUUGAUUCGUCGAGGACGAAUGGACAUGCAUAUUGAGAUGUCUUACUGCAAGUUUGAGGCAUUCAAAGUACUGGCUAAGAACUAUUUGGAUAUUGAUUCACACCCUUUGUUUGAAGAAAUCAAGCAAUUGUUAGAGGAAAACGAUGUUAGCGCUUGUGAUGUUGCUGAGAAUUUGAUUCCAAGGAGGCAAUUGAGAGAUCGUCAUGUGGAGGACUGUUUACUAAAACUUAUUGAAGCUAUCAAGGCCAACAAAAAUUUUGAAGUGGCAGAGGAAAAGGAAGAGGAAAGAGAAGAGGAAGAGGAAGAGAAAGAGGAAGAGGAAGGGGAAGGGGAAGGGGAAGAGGAAAUCAAGAACAAAAUCAAAACUUUGUUAGGUUGA